GAGGAGGAGGAGGAGGAGGCAGGUCUUCACAUCACUCAGCAGAGGAGACAGUCGGCCUCAGCAGCUCACACCAGCGGGCAAAAUGGACCGAUAAACAUCACGGGUUGAGGCGAUGUUCAGAUUUGUUUGCCAUGGAAACAGACAUAAUUCCCAAAUUCUCCUCAAAAGAUGAGGAAAUUGACUUCUGGAAGACUCUUUCCCUCAAGUACAAGAAAGGCUGCCAGGACGCCCAGGAGGAGCUGCUGGAGUUUCAGGAGGGCAGCAGGGAGCUGGAGGCCGAGCUGGAGGCUCAGCUGGGACAGGCCGAGCACCGGAUGAAGGACCUGCAGUCGGAGAACAACAGACUCAGGAACGACGUGGAAAAUUUUAAGGAGAAGCUGGAGCAGCAGUAUUCUCAGAGCUACAAGCAGAUCUCCAUGCUGGAGGACGACCUCGGACAAACGCGCAGCAUCAAGGAGCAGCUGCACAAAUACGUGAGAGAGCUCGAGCAGUCCAACGACGACUUGGAGAGAGCCAAAAGAGCUACGAUCUCGUCUCUGGAGAACUUCGAGCAGCGUCUGAAUCAGGCCAUCGAGAGGAACGCCUUCCUGGAGAGCGAGCUGGACGAGAAGGAGUCCCUGUUGGUCUCCGUGCAGCGAUUAAAGGAUGAAGCCAGGGAUUUGCGCCAGGAGCUGGCCGUUAGGGAGAGACAGACGGAUGUAAGCAGGAUGUCGGCUCCGAGCUCGCCAACACAGGACAGCGAGAAGAUGGAUUCGGCGGUCCAGGCCUCUCUCUCGCUCCCCGCCACCCCGCUGAGCAAAGGUCUGGACAACGCCUUUGCCAACACAACAGCUCUAUCAAACGGUUACGGCGGCAACUCCCCGUUGACUCCCUCGGCCAGAAUAUCCGCCCUCAACAUCGUCAGUGAUUUACUCCGUAAAGUCGGGGCUCUGGAGUCCAAGCUCGCCGCCUGCAGGAACUUCGCCAAGGACCAGCGAGCCAGGAAGGUGUACGCUCUGGACAACAGCAACGCCCUCAACGCCAACACCACCAGCUACUCGCAGUCGCUCCACACGUCAUACUUCGACAAAGCGACAGAGGUGGUCACAUUCCCUGCGUUGAUUUUGGCCGGCCGGUGAACGGACUGAAGCCUGGAGCUCUGACGGCCAUCACCGUCCCCCCUGCUGCCUCCUCCCCGGGCUUAGUGCCCCUGACUGUGUGACAUUAAACCCCCCCCCCCCACAAACACCCAACACACCCGUUGUGCACUUGAAAUAAAAAACCUAAAUAUUUAAAGAGACGGACAACGAGGGAACACAAAUGUCUGAUACUGUAAAAACGUUGUGGAUGUUCUGUAAAGUCUGGACCCUUCACGUCCUCUCUCACUCUUUGUUCUUACUCGACUCUCGUUCUGUAACUAACGGGUCCCUGUCUGUUCAUUUGACGUGUUACUGUUCCUGCUCUCAAGACGGCGCCACAUCGACUCCUUCAAAGAUUUCCUGACGAACUUAAAGUCUUCAUAUGUGAUUUUUCACACUUAAAUAUAAUAUAAAUCAAGUAUAUCCUCUGAAAAUAACUCUGUGAGUCAUGACUGUCUACAAUGGGUGUAACACCCGAGUCCCACUGUCUGUGAUGUUUUCAGAGUUUUCAGAGUCCUAUCUUCACUUUGUUUACAUCACCCGGACGGCCGGCUGACUCCUCCCCUCGUGUAUAAAAGUUGUUUAAUUGAGGGACUAGAGAAAAGAAGAAUAACAUACUGUACUCACUGCUUAACUGUGUUUCUAGAUCACGCUCAUUUCAGGUAAAUUUACAUGCAGUGUGAAGAUACGAGCAUAAUAAAGAUCGCUAGCAUUAGCAUGCUAACACAACAAUGCAGCGCGAGUUGUUUUGGUUUCAUGCUGGUGCUCAAGGGCGACAUCUGCUGGAUCAAAAAAAUCACAUAUAAAGCCUUUAACUCUGAUUUGUGAAACAUUAUGCAAUUAAAAAAAAAAAGUCUUCUUAGCUGCUAAAUGUGGUCAACUUUUACGAGCAAUAACGUUUGUAUUCGGACAGAAACGAGCACUAAUAUCACCGAAACUAUGAACAGAAAAUAACCGGGUUAAUGUGCAGAUGUCCCCGAUAAUCUGCUUUAAUUAUUGAUGUUUGAAAAUGUCCAACAGGCGGAUGUUUUAAACAUGAUCUGUUUCCUCCUGACCCUUGUUCAUAAUGUUUUUAUCUCUUUUUGGUUUAAAUGUCGUCUAAAAGAAGGGGCGUCUUUGUGUCGUUGUCGUGCGUCUAACACACCACCUUUCCUCUGAGCCAUGUGACAUGAUGUGUACAGCUUUUGGUCAUAUUGAUCGUUAUUUAUCGACUGGGAGGAGACGUCGCCGGUUAAACGAGCGUUCUCGUAUCGUGUAGUUGAAGUGUUUUAUCUGACGUUUUUUUGGGGGGGAUUUUAUUACUCAGCACAUUUUUCAGUACUGUACAGGAAGAGCAGGUGAAGCACUUUGACUUUGUGUGAACUCAAUUUUAUUUAAGUGCAAUAUCACUUAUUUUGUACGGAAGACGAACAGCCGUGCUUGCAAUUUCUU